CUCGUCUGGCGCGUGCUGUCAGCUCACCUGAUGAUGACUGAUGAUUACUACUUCAUGACUCUCUCUUGACUUUCAGGUAAAUAUAGUUACCGGACAAAACUACCGGCUCUUUAACUCGUUUCAAAGUGAAGAAGAAGAGAAGAAGAGAAGAUCUCCCUUCGUUACCUGGAGACCUGGAGACGAUAUGAGGUCUGUUAGAGACGAUGGAGAGGUGAUGGAGGUGUCAAUUAAUCAAUUUACUGGAGAGGCACCUCCCUCUGGGAUGUCCAAGAAUGGAUACUUCUUUCAAGAAAUGGAGCAGCGGGAGGUGGAGCAGGAGGAGGGCAGCGAGGGCCGAGAGGAGGGACAAGACUCGCCGAUCGCCUGCGGAGAUGACAUCCACCUCUAUGACAACCAGAUCAGCCCUGGGCCAGACGCUGACGACUCUGGCUGCGUGCUGCUGAACACAUCGAGAAAGUAUGUGAAGCUGAUGAACUUCGAGGAGGAGAUCCGGGCUCACCGGGACCUGGACGGCUUCCUGGCGAGGGCCACCAUCCUGCUGGAUGAGACCGCCGCCUCCCUGGACGACGUCCUGAAGAGGAUGCUGCACCACGUGGGCCAGGACUCGUCCGAGCCCAGCAUCAACUUCGAGGAGGUGAUGAGCAUGCUUUUCACAGACGCGGGAGCUCAGGAGGUCAACGACAAGUCUCAAAGUUUCGUUUUCUUUGAUGACGUCCACCUGCUGUCAGAGACGAUCCAGGGGGUGACGGCCACCGCCACGGGGAUCCAGUACCAGCAGUCCUGGCUCUGCAUCCUCUGCAACGUGAAGCAUCUCCAGAGGCGUCACGUGUGCAUCUCCCGUCUGGAGAGGCCGCAGAACUGGGGGGAGAACUGCUGCGAGGUCCGCUAUGUCAUCCUGAUCCUGGCCCCGCUCAAAAUGAAAAGCACCAAGACGGCGAUGGAGCUGGGCAGGACGUUCGCCACCCUCUUCUCCGACAUCUCCUUCAGGCAGAAGCUGCUGGAGACGAAGACGCAGGAGGAGUUUAAGGAGGCAUUGGUGUUCCAGAGGCAUCAGCUGACGGCAACCAACCAGCCGCCCACCGCUCUGGGGAAGGAGGAGACCGACCCCCGCAGUCACAAGCCCCUCCAGUGCAAAGACUUCUUCAAAGCCGGCCGGGGGAUUUAUGAGGACUUGUGCCGCCGACUGCCUUUCUACCCUUCUGACUUCACAGAUGGUAUAGUUGGCAGUAAUAAAACCCUGCUGAAGUACAUGACCACAGCCAUCUUCCUCUACAUCGCCAUCCUCCUCCCCGCCAUCGCUUUCGGCUCCCUCAAUGACGAGAGCACACGUGGCGAGAUAGAUGUUCGGAAGACCAUCAUCGGCCAGAGCAUCGGCGGGGUCAUCUACUCGCUGUUCGCCGGCUCUCCUCUAGUCAUCCCUCUAACCACGGCUCCCCUCGCCAUCUUCAUCAGCGUGAUCCGAGGAAUCUGCGACGACUACAACCUGGACUUUCCGGCUUUCUACGCCUGCAUCGGUUUGUGGAACUGCCUCUUCCUCAUCCUGGGAGGCAUCUUCAAUGUCAGCCUGCUCAUGAAGCUCUUCAAAAGGUCAACGGAGGAGGUCAUUGCCCUGUUCAUCUCAAUCGCGUUUGUGGUGGAUGCAGUGAAAGGCACAGUCAAGAUCUUUUCCAGGUACUACCUCGCCCCCACGCUGGCCAACAGCAGCAUAGAGACCUCCACUCAGGUCGGAGACCAGCUCGGAGGAAACAGGAGCGAGACGGCGGCCGGGUACGCCCUCAACGCCCUCCCCGAAUCCGUCAUUCAGUGCACUCGAGAGAGGCCCGUCCUCUGCCUGCUGCUGAUGCUCGGGACGUUAUGGAUGGGCUACACCCUCUACCAGUUCAAACGGAGCCCGUUCCUGCAUGCCAAAGUGAGGGAGGUGCUGUCGGACUGCGCCCUGCCGAUCUCAGUGCUCGUGUUCUCCUUCAUCGGCUCCUACGUCUUCAGUGACAUUGAGCUUCCCGUCUUUAAAGUUCACAACCGGCCCGUCUUCGCCGUGGCUCCGUUUGAGCGGCUGUCGGCCAUGAAUGUCGUCAGCGCCAUGGGCCUCGGCUUCCUCCUGGCGCUCCUCAUCUUCAUCGACCAGAACAUCGUUGUCUCGCUGACCAAUGCGCCAGAGAACAGGUUGCUGAAGGGCACGGCGUAUCACUGGGACCUGAUGCUCUCCGGGCUCAUUAACAUACUGAUGUCGGUGAUGGGGUUGCCCUGGAUGCACGCCGCCUUCCCCCACUCCACCCUCCAUGUGCGCCAGCUGGCUUUCGUGGAGCAGCGCGUGGAGGGGGGGCACCUCUACGAGACUAUCGUCCAGGUGAAAGAGACCCGGCUGACGUCUCUGACUGCCAACAUCUUCAUCGGCGUGUCGGUGCUGCUGCUGCCUCUCCCGCUGCAGUGGAUCCCCAAACCCGUCCUGUACGGCCUCUUCCUCUACAUCGCCCUCACCUCCAUCGACGGGAACCAGAUGUGCGACCGCAUGGCUCUCCUCCUCAAGGAGCAGACGUCUUACCCGCCCACCCACUACAUCCGCAAAGUGCCCCAGAGGAAGAUCCACUACUUCACCUUCCUGCAGAUGAUGCAGCUGCUGAUCCUCUGCACGUUCGGCAUGUACCCGAUACCCUACAUGAAGAUGAUCUUCCCUCUGCUCAUGAUCAUGCUAAUUCCAAUCAGGAACAACGUGCUUCCUCAUAUCAUUGAGGCCAAAUACUUGGACAUAAUGGAUGCCCAACACAUGUAGCUACAGAUGGAGACACGUUCUGGAUCCACGAAAAAGACGUCUGGAAUAAUUACAACCACAAAAAAAGAAAUUUAAAAAAAACCACAACAUAUUUUUCAAUGCAAAACUGUAUGGAAGCAAAAAGGAGAAAUAUUGACUGUUUUGAUUUUUGUAUCUGAUAAGAACAUUCUUACAGGUGAAGCACUGGAAGUGGCGUGAGAAACGAGAGAUGAGUGUGGGAAAUAUUUCCAAACGUGGACAGACGGCGUCUCUCUGAGGGGGAACGUUCUGCCCAACAACAGGAGCGUCCAGAACUCCCUGUUUCACCUCUGUUUGACCCUCGUUCAGUGCCAUAUACCUCCAUGUUCUCCUCUCACACCUUUACAUUUUACAAUAUCCUUACUGGGGUGUACUCAUCUGUAUGUUUAAGCUAUGGGUAAGUGCUUAAAGUACUCACUAAUACUGUGUAAGUAAUACAAAUGCUGCCGGUGUACAUUGUAGAGAGGUGUAAUGGCACAAUGUAAGUAUGAACAAAAUCUUUGUGACACUUUGCACUCACAUUGUGUUUUUACGCUGUCAUACUUCGGGCAUACUUACACUGUGUUGAUAAGUACUUAAAUACUUUUCUGUGGGUGAAUUAACCGGUAAAAAGAACACUGCAUUUAAGCCACUGCAAAGUAAAUCUGUACUUUUUUGUAAUUCUGUCAUUGUGCAGUGUUUAAAACCUUUACAUUCCUGCACCUUUUAGCUGUGAUUCCCCCCCUUUUCUAUGAAGGACACUUGUGCAUAUUUAGUUUCUAAGUCAUUCCAACAAAUAUCAGUGUUCAUUAAGGAUUGUGUGAGUGUGUGUCAUAGGCACAUUAUUAUUAUUAAUCUGUCCUUCAUCUAGCUUCCUGCCAGUUCUUUUUAAAAGGUGGAAUUUACGUUGAAUAAAAAAAAAAAUACAUUCCACAGAUAUAUAUAUAUAUAUAUAUAUUAUAUGUAAUUAUUUAGAACGACAGCACAAGCCAAAACAUCUAGUGAAAUCUUUAUCAAAUUAUGAAUAUAUUAGAAUAUAUUAUGGAAAUAUACAAAAAAGUAUUUUAGGUUAAAUUCAAAUAAAAAUAUUUAUUUAUCAUGCUGACAGUUUAUCUUUUAAGUACAAAAUAAGAAAUGUGUCUGUUUACAUUCCACGGUUAUAUAUUGAUUCUUGUAUUUUGAGUGUGUUGUCUCACAUCAGGCUUUGCCGCAGUGUUUACAUAUCAAAGUCCCUUCCAGCUCCACAAAGUCCAACACAGUUCUGGUGCAUUGCUAGUAAAGAUGAAAGUCAGGUAAAAAAAAAAAAAUACAAAAAAAAAUAUAUUUGUGAGCUUUGGAUUCAACAAAAUGCAUCCCUUUCUUUUAGUUUUAUUUUUUGUGAACAAGUGUUCAAAGAUGAGUUUUAGAAUUAAUCUGGUCUUGUUUUCUAUUUAGAUGUUAUGAUUAGAUCAAUGCUUGCAAACGUCGUCAUGUAAUAAUCCAGACGUCUGGACAGAUUAUCUUGUUAUCUUCAGUACAAAAAGACAAAAAAAAUUCUAAGCAAGCAAGCGCUGGUUUGCUUAACAGCAUGACUCAUCUGGGGUUUUGAUACGAUGUGAUGCCAAUGGACACGUAUCCUACACAACACCAGAAAAAAAAGAGUAUAAAACAGUAACUUCUCAACAAUGCAACGCUCAAUAUUCAGCAAUACUGUGUAUAAAAAACACACUGGUGAGAUCCCAGCGAAGCAAAGACAGGCCAGCUGUAUUUUUAAGACACACCUUUUCAGUCCAUCGUCAUGGUACAAAAAAAAACCAGUGCUGAUUCAAUUAUCGCACAAAAAAAAAAAAGGUUUGCCUGUCAACAAGGCGUUCACAGUGCUGGAUUUUAUUACUUGCUUUCCCAAUAUCCAAAUGGCAGCUCCCUCAUGCAGUUCUGUUGAACUUUUUGUCUUACAGAUGUGAGAAAGAUGUCCAAUUUAAGCAGAUGUCUCACGCCGAGAUAGCGAGGCAUGAAAAGGAAAAAAGAUGGAGAGCAUUUGCAUAAUCCUUUGGAUUAAGUCUUACUGGUGAGAGAGCAGAGAGAUUGUGAGGUAUGAAGUAAUAUGUACAGUUUGCAAUGCAAAGUUUAGUUUUUAUCAAGUAUCCAUUAUAAUCCAUGGCGAAGUAUUAGUUCCUAACUUUGGACCGAGUACAGAGAUUUAACCAUUCUUCUUCUUACGUGACAGUAAUGUUGUUGUUCCUUGAUAUCUUCUCUGUACUGAUGAUUUUGGAAUAGCAGCAAACUUCUCUCAGAGGACUCGACAUUGGAUUCAGAGUGAUAGAAACACGACUCUGUUUGUGACUCCCCUCCUCCUCCUCCUAAUUGGAUUUGUUUGAAAUUGCGUACUGUGGUGUUUUCUUUUUUUCUUUUCCCUUUUUGUUUUUCCUGAUUUCAUAUAGCCUAACUUUUUCUAAUCAUGAAUGUAAGGUGUGGAUUUUUAUAUAGCAUAAUAAUUUAGGUGUCAAACAGAAUCUGUAAUUUUGUCAAAAAGAUCAGCUAUAUUUGUAAGCUGUAAUAUGUAAAAAUGAGAAAAAAAUGGUUAUAAAACAGAAUGUGUUGGUUUACUAUAGUAUAUAUAUAUACUGUACACUGAAAAAGAGAGACUAUCUCAAGCUGUUUGCCAAAUAAAAAGUAGUAGUGAUGUUAA